AUGGGCACUCUUUUAUUACUCAAUAAGCUUGCAGACGCUCCCCUCAUCGCCAUCUUACUUUUCUUACUACUACUGAAUUCGACAAAUGCACAACACCAAGAUGCUAUCGACCAAACAAAACUGUCAAAUUUGCACUCCCAAAUCGAAAAGGCUCGCAUUAACAGCGGUAUCUCAGGGUUGGCUGUAGCAGUCCUUCAUAAAGGUAAAAUUAUUUUUGCUGAGGGGUUUGGCGCACGAAACGGCAAAGAUCCUUAUCGACCUGAGACAUUGGCGCCAAUAGGGUCAAUUACAAAGUCAUUCACAGCUGCUGCCAUUGGGGAGCUAGUUGCAGUAGGGAAGAUGGAUUGGGACAUCACUCCAGUUUCCAAAUACCUUCCUGAGUUCGAAUUAGAGGACCCUGAUUUGACGCUCCAACUCACCGUCGCGGAUUUAUUGUCUCAUCGAACUGGUAUGCCUAGACACGAUUUAGCUUGGUAUAAGGCAAAUAUCACUAGAAUUGAACUGAUUAAGCGCCUCAAGAGCGUCAAACUGAACCGUAAACUUAAAGCAAAGACUCAAUACAACAGUAUUAUGUACGCAGUUGUCGGGGAAGCUUCUGCCAGGGCUGCCGGCACUUCCUGGGAAAACUUAGUUGAAGGAAGAGUUGUCAAUCCCCUUGGUCUAAAAAGCACAGGGUUUGGGCAGAUGGCGAUGAAGAAACGAUCCACAGACCAUGCGAUCCCAGUUUCUGCGGCGUCAUUUGCCGAUGCUUUAGAUGGAAAGUAUCAAUUGGGGGAUCUGGACCUUGUUUAUCCGGCUGCUGCACCAGCAGGAGACAUGUAUUCCAACGUCCUAGAUCUAGUUCAGUAUGGCCAGGCAAUACUGAGCUCUGGGCAAGUCAACGGAACGCAAGUACUAAACAAGGAAAGCAUUAAAGAAAUCCUCAGCGGGCAUACGUUGGACAAGAGUGCAAGGCGUUCACCAGACUUUGCACCAACAUUGACAUACGGUUUCGGAUGGUUGAUAGACAGUUACAAAGGAAGAUACCUCGUUUAUCAUGGUGGUGUAGCUUCCUCUUUCGCUUCAAGCCUGUUUAUGUUCCCUGAUGACGAUUUGGUUAUUGCUGUGCAGUCCAACAUGAGGUACUCUUCUGCGAUGACCAAAUUCCUCCCCUAUUUCAUCGCGGAUGAGAUCCUUGCAUUACCCAAGACUGAAGACUGGUUGUUCAGGUUGACUCAGGAUAUCAAGGCAUCCUACGAGACUGCUUCCAAGGUAUUUAAUGGCGAUUUCUUACCUCCAAAAAUUAAGGGUAAACCUACAUCUCGCCCUUUAAUUGAGUUUGCGGGCCAGUACAUUCAUCCUUUGUACGGCACCUUCAUUAUUGAGCUCAGGUCCGAGCCCAAGUCCGCGUCGACCGGAUCAUCGCUCUUUUUCCGAUUCAAUCAGCUGGAUGACAAGCUAGAGCACUAUCAUUAUGACACUUUCAAGGGUGUUAUCAAAAACAGUGAUUUGAUCUCUGUAUUUCUUAUCACGUUUCAACAAGAGGCUGACGGUAGUAUUAUUAGUUUCAUAGUUGAGCUUCCGGAUGGCCCCCAAUCCUUUGUGAAAGUUGUUAAUCAGCCCUGA